AUGUCUGGAAAGGAGGGUUCAUCACCAUAUCAGGAAAGACCGUUGGAGGCUCUGGAUGCAGACCAACUUCGACAUGAACUCUUAACUUUGAGGUAUCAGUAUACUACUCUACAGAACGAAUAUGAAAUCUUCAAACUAAGCUCCGAAAGAGAAACGAACUCUCUUCAGAAUAAGUAUGACAAGAGUAUGAAUGAACUAGACCGCGCGUUAAGUGACACCAAACUGUUGUACGAGGAAAAUAUGAAGUUGAAGGACAGUUUAAAGAGUAAAUCGGACAAUUCGAGUGAGGAAUCAAAACUAGUCACUUCAUUGCAGCGCCAGGUAGGCGAAUUGAAAGAUGAGUUGGAUAAAAGGGAUCAAAAAAUCGAACAAUUGAAGCAUGAAACGGCGUCCAUUAGAAAAGAAGCUGAGAGUAGCGUAAAAUCGUUGGAAUUGGAACUUGAAACUUCACAAAAGCUUCUCAAUAAGCAUAAAGCUCAUGUAGAUGAACAAUAUAAAGAAAUUCAAGAGCUGAAAUUGGAUAUCGAGGCGAAAGAUGCCCAAAUAUCGAAAUUGCAAAAUGGUCAAUUAUCCGAUGCGCAUCAAAACUUCUCUACCCAAGAUCUUCAUGAGAUAACCAUACUAAAUAAGACAUUGAAGGAACAGCUAAGUUACACUAAAGAAUUAGAAGACAUGAACUUGAAACAAGCGACAGAGUUGAAAAAGUUGAAACAACUAAAGGAUGUUCAAACGUUCUCGAAACACGAGAAUCAUGGUUCACAACCCAGUUUCAACGAUGUGGAACAAUUGAAGCAAAAAAUAGAAUCCUUGGAGAUAGAAAAUUUAUCUUUGCAGGAAAAAAUGACAGAGUGGGGUAUAGAUAAACUUGAUCCGCGAUUUGAUGGUCCCAAUGCUGUUAUCGAAGAGAUUUCCCUUUUGCAGAGAGAAAAUACUUUUCUUAUAGAUACAAAUGCCAAGCUUCAAAAAGAUUUUAACCAAAUGUGCAUGUUGAAUGACGAAAUGGCUAUCGAGAGAAAUCAACUCUUGGACUUGAAUAAAGAUUACGAAACAAGUAUUCUCAAUCUAAAAAGACUAAAUCAUGAGCUUGAACAACAAAAACUCUUAUCCUUUGAAGAAUGCAAAAUAUUAAGACAGGAAUUAGAACAACUUGAAUUUAUAGGCGAGGGGAACAGUGAAAAGCGUACAAAUCCAGAAAAUAUUAAAACGCAUGACAUAAUUGAUGGAUACAAGAACCAAACGGAAGACCUAACAAAUGAACUCAAAAGAUUGAAUGAGGAAUUCUCCAAGUCUGAUGACAGAUUGAAGAAACGUAGGAAGCUGACACAUAAUCUAAGUGUAACAUAUUCACAACGACUUAACGACUUAGUUCUAAAGAACAAAGAGCUGGAGAAACAACUACAAAUAGUUAAAAAUCAUGCAAAUACCUUGGAGCAAAAAUUAGCUGACCUUUCAAACAUCAAGGAAAAGAAAAUCAGAAUCCUUCAAUUGCGCAACAACCCUUUAUUGAAAGAGCACUACAUAAGAAAGGAAAAGUUGAAACUUCUAGAACAAGAAAAUGCAGAGUUGCUUUCUAAACUUAAACCCACAGAAUCUGUUCCAAAAUCUGUUUAUGACCGCAUAUCCUUUGACAUGAAACAGCUGGAAAAUGAUAUUUAUAAUUCAAACAAGAAAACAACUAGACUAAAAGAAAUGUUCAACAAGAAAUCUUUAGAGUUUAUCGAAGCAGUCAACUCCUUACUAGGAUUUAAACUGGAAUUUUUAAGUCAUGGAAAGGUUAAACUGAUAUGCUGCUACCAGCCAACCAAAUAUCUAAUCGCUGAUUUAAAAUCAAAUACUUUAAAAUCAGACCUAGCUAACAUUAUACCGGAUUGGGACGAACUAUUUCAAACAUAUGUCGCAGAAAAGGGGGAAAUACCCUUAUUUUUAUCUUAUGUUAAAAUAAGGCUUUGGGAGCUAGCUUAUUGA